CUGAAAAAAUUUUUUGAAGGUGAUCUGCCAACAGGAAGAACGGAGAUCGAUGCAGGAUUGUACAGCAUUCAGGCUGGAGAUCAGGUGCACACUGUGAAUCUAACUACCCCUGGAAAAGGAUAUGUGAUGGGCUUGUACGACAACAACGACAGCAGCUCGCAAAUCAGUACAUUCAUGUACGCCAUCGAGAAGACUGACAACGGCGCUUCACGUCUUUAUUUCGUUGUGCCCGAAGGAGACGCCGGACAAGUUUUCGUCGUCGAUCAUAAGAACAAUGUGGUUUCGUCGCAAAACCUGACUUCUGGCAAUUUCCUCGACAUCCGACCGCGUUUCUUCGACAAGGGCGAAUAUUUGCUCUACUACGGCAAGGACUGCUAUGCUACUUCGUGUCCCAAGAAGAUUCCGUUUGCAGCCGCAAUGGGAUCGGUGAGGGUUUUGCACAUACACGACAACACCAUGGAAAGCGACUAUCAUGAACUGGUGCGUCCAAACACAGUGUCGAUCAUGUGGGUACUACCCCAGUACUUUGUCAUCACUCUUGGCGAGGUCUUGCUUUCCGUGACUGGUCUCGAAUUUGCCUAUUCUCAAUCAGCACCUAACAUGAAGAGUGUCCUGCAGGCACUUUGGCUUCUUACUGUGUUCAUGGGCAACGUGAUUGACAUGGGCAUCAGUGGGACGCACAUCAUACCCGAACCCGCUGCCGAAUUCUUUUUCUACGCUUUUCUUAUGAUACUCACAAUGGGGAUUUUCAUUUUGCUAGCAAUUCGAUAUACCUAUGUGGAGAACGCGGAAGAAGCGCAACCGAUGCAAGUCAAGGAACGUGUCAUUUCCGAAGAUACCACUUGCUAA